GCUCGGAAAUCAGCCAACACCAUCGGCGGCACUUGGGUCGGGUUCACCUCUGCCGGGAGCGCGCACAUUAUCGCGCCCAAUAUUAAACCAGUUGCGCUACCGUCAAAUCGCUCAAACGCUUGUACGCCGUCCCAACUGGUGGUCGACAGCUCCUCAGAUCCCCAAAGCGGAAGGUUAACUAGGUGAACGAACAAACACAGACAUGUCGCAGCUGAAGAAGAACGAGAAGGUGGGCAUCGUAGGCAGUGGACUCAUUGGCCGCUCCUGGUCGAUGCUGUUCGCCUCGGUGGGCUACCAGGUGGUGUUGUACGACAUCCUGCCCGAGCAGGUUUCCACUGCUCUGUCCGCCACCCAGAAGGAGCUGCAGGAUCUCGAGUCCAAGGGCCUGCUACGCGGCAAACUGAGUGCUGCCCAGCAGUUCAGCUGCAUUUCGGGAACCAAUGACCUCAAGGAGCUGGUCAAGGACGCCAUAUUAGUGCAGGAGUGCAUUCCCGAGCGUCUGGACCUGAAAAAGGCUUUGUACAAGCAACUGGAUGCCGUCGUGGGACCCAACACCAUUCUGUCCAGCUCCACCAGCACUUUCCUUCCCUCCCUGUUCAGCGCGGACCUGAAGCACAAGGCCAACGUUUUGGUCUCCCAUCCCGUCAACCCACCGUACUACGUGCCCCUGGUCGAGAUAGUGCCAGCACCGUGGACCAAACCGGAGUGGGUUGUGAAGACGCGCGCCAUAAUGGAUGAGAUUGGCCAGAAACCAGUUACGCUGUCCCGCGAGAUUGAGGGUUUCGCUCUUAACCGCAUCCAGUAUGCCAUUCUCAACGAGACAUGGCGCCUGGUCGAGGCCGGCAUCCUCAAUGUGAAGGACAUUGACAGUGUGAUGAGCAACGGCCUGGGGCCACGUUACGCCUUCCUGGGUCCCCUGGAGACGGCCCAUCUCAAUGCCGAGGGCAUGGCCAAUUACUUUGAGCGCUACUCCAAGACCAUAUAUGCGGUUAGCGAGACCAUGGGACCGACGCCCAAGAUGGAGGGCCCGGUGGCCGUCGAGGUGGCCAAGCAGCUGGGCGAGAUGGUGCCCCUGGAUCAGCUCGCCGCCCGCCGCAGCUAUCGCGACAACUGUCUCACCCAGCUGAGCAUUCUCAAGAGCAAGCUCAACAAGUAAUAGAAUUCAUUGUGUUUACCCUUUUUUUUUGUUUUGUUUUGAAUUUAAUUUUGAUGUCUUAGCGAUACUUUAAACCAUAAACGAUAGAGAAAUGUGCUCUUGGAGCAUUGAAAGGAGGAGAGAAUCUAAUUAACAGCGCAAAUUAAAAAUGAAAUGAUGAUGUAUCCUGUCGUAAAAGCGCUCGAUAAUAACUAAGAAAAUAAACAGUUAACUUCUGAUGUGUUGAUUACAUUUGAAA